AUGAAUUCAAGAUACAGACAUAUGACUUUAAAUAUUGAAUGCAGCAAUUGUCUGGCUGAUUCAAUAUUCACUCCACUAGACAUUGCAGAUUCCGCAAUGCUUAAAUCACCACCAAACACUCCAUUUUUAGAUCUUUAUGAAAAACUUACUUCCUCAGUGGAGAACAAAAAAAGCAUUCAGAAAAUUCCUAUUUUUGGGCGAAAAAAACCUCACGAGUUACAAAAAAAUUUUGCAUGAAAAAAAUUUUGAUAUAUAAGUUAUAAUUAGUAUAAUGAGAUCCCGACAAAAAUUAAUUUAAUUUGCAAAAUUCAACAUUUCAAUCUCAAAUUUGUAUAUAAUUUUUUAAAAAUAAAAUAUUGAUUUGCUCUGUCAUGGAGGGGAGUUAGUAAAGAAUUUCACUCUUCAGGUGUCAGUCAUCUUCGGCAAUUUUUACUGAAAAAACUUGUAAAUGAUUCCUACUUAUCUAAGCAUUGGCCUUAUAAGAAAGUUUAUUCUUUAUUGAACUCAAUUGCCCAUGUGAUGCUUUUUAAUGAACUAGAAGUCAUCUAUUGAGGUAUACUGAUUAAUUCUACAUCACCUGAAGAAAGAACAAUAAGUCCUAGAAUGCUAUCAAUAUUUACAGCUUAUCUAGCAAAAAUUAGUAUGAAUGAAGAUAAUGAACCUUUUGAACAGUUUAUGAAUAUGAAAUUUCCGAAAUUUAGGCUUAGUUUUAAUAAUUGGCUUCUUAUUACAAGCUGCUCAGCAGAACCUAAUUUAAAAGAACUCACCCCCUCUCUAUCCGUGAGUGAGCAGGACCGUUGGAAAACUCCUUAUUAUUUUAAGUGAAAGCCAACCUGACGUGAACGAAAAAAAAAAUUUUUGGUACAAACGUUGUUUAUAAAAUAUAUUUGAGAUAUAAGUGAUAACUAUUAUAAUGAAAUCUCUAGUUAAUACUGUUGAAUUUUAAACACAACCUUUACAAAUUAAAUUAAUAUUUGCUUUCCAAUGUUCGCAAAUCUGAAUUUUUUAAAAAAAAAAUUACAAUAAAAAUAUAUAUAAAUUUUAUUAGCUUCUCUCAAAUUUUUUUUGUCCACUCAUGGAGGGGGAUUUAAUAUAAAAAAUACAACCAGCUUAUAUAUUAUUCGAAGAAAAAAAAAGAGAAAAAAGAUUAUACUGAAAUGGUUGAAUCUCUGAUGAAAUGCCCUGGGAAAAAAGAAGCUAUUUCUUCAGAAAAUGCAAGUGAAAUUUCGAGUGUAGAAGAUCUUGAUGAAGAAAUAGAAGCAGUUCAGCAAGAUUUUCUAAUAGAAGAUAAGCUGUCACCUUUGGAUAUUGAUGUCAGAUAA